AUGGGACGCACCCCUCCUGACUUCUUUGGCACUAAGAAGAUCACCUACCAGGACACCAACUACAGGCGCUCUAUUCCAGCUGAAGAGCGCCUGUCCAUCUGUCUGCGGUUUCUUGCCACUGGGGACUCCUACAGGACCAUUGCGGGGAGCUUCAGAGUGGGCAUAUCCACCGUCUCCAUGCUCAUCCCAGAUGUGGUGGCAGCCAUCUGGGACUGCCUCGUGGAGGAGUUCAUGGCUGUGCCUGGAGCAGAGGAGUGGAGGGGCUUAAGGAAGCUUAAAACAGCAGAUUUUUCUGGCAUUACUGCAAACCACACACUGCAGGUAAUUGUGCAAGACUGGUUCCAGACCAAAGCAGUAUGGGCAGACCUCAAGGUUCUUGAGGACACAGAAGUCAAAACCACAGGAGGAGUUCAUGAGCGCUACAAGGCCAAGGCUCUGUGGGAGAAGACUGGAGCUGUGGUGAUGGUGGUGCGUCGGCCUGGCUCACUCUUAUGCAGAGAGGAAGCUGCAGAGCUGUCUUCUCUCCAGCUGCAACUUCAGGACAUGGAGGUUCCUCUUUUUGCUGUAGUCAAAGAAAACAUUGGGAAAGAACUAGACACUUUCAAGAAAUUUUUAACUGGAAAGGUCUAUGUAGACCAUAAGAAGCAUUUUUAUGGUCCUGUCCAGCGAUGCAUGUUCCUCUCUGCAUGUCUGCGCAUUGGGGUGUGGAGGAGUCUUUGGCGGGCUUAUCGAAAAGGCUUCAGGGGGAACCUCCGAGGGGAAGGCUUUGUCCUGGGAGGUGUGUUUGUGAUUGGCCCAGGAGACCAGGGCAUCCUCUUGGAGCACAGAGAGAAGGAAUUUGGGGAUAAAGUCAACAUGUUAGCAGUCAUCACAGCUCAAGAACGUCGGAGGAGUUUAGACUUUUCAUUGAUUUUGUGCGGGCUUGAGGCUCGUGAGAGGGCUCAUGUGGGCACUGCUCCGCUGCACAAAGGGGAGGUGUCUGGACUGGACAGGGAGAAGUUGGGGAUGGGGAUGUGGUCCUUAGGCCUGGGGGCAAUCGGAGCAGCCAUAGCAGGGAUAUUACUGGCCAACACAGAUCUUUGCCUGCCCAAAGUGGACAAGGCCACCCUGGACUACCUGGGAGACGCUGACCUGCGCUCAACUACAGAUGAAAACGUGGUCAUCAAAGCCAGCAGUCUAUGGGGGAAGAGCGGCGUGGUGGUGAUGGCAGAAGCCACUGAGCUGUCCUCUCUGAAACCCCAGCUUGAGGAGCGUGGGGUCCCUCUGGUGGCCGUGGUGAAGGAGGACAUCGGCACAGAGAUACAGGACUUCAAGGCGCACUUCGCUGGGGACAUUUAUAUAGACGAAAAGAAGCACUUCUACGGGCCGAUGCAGAGGAGGAUGGGGGGUCUGGGCUUCAUCCGUCUUGGGGUGUGGCAGAACUUUAUCCGCGUCUGGAGGUCUGGUUAUGAGGGAAACAUGAACGGAGAGGGCUUCAUCCUGGGGGGAGUGUUUGUCAUCGGGCCAGGAAAUCAGGGAAUUCUUCUUGAACACAGAGAGCGGGAAUUUGGAGACAAGGUUGAUAUCGUAGACGUCCUAGAGGCUGUGAAGAAAAUUGCACCAGAGAAUUAA